UGACGUCCCACUGGGGUGAGUUUUCCUUGCCCGUAUGUGGGCUCUGUACCGAGGAUGUCGUUGUGGCUUGUACAGCCCUUUGAGACACUUGUGAUUUAGGGCUAUAUAAAUAAACAUUGAUUGAUUGAUUGAUAGACUUGCGAUUCUUAUUUAUCCCCAUUCUAUAUCGAUUCAAAAUUCUCCAAAAUCGAUUAAAAUGUUUUAUUAUUAUCAUUGUUAUUAUUUAUUUAUUAAAAAAAAAAAAAAAGAAUAGAUGUUUAAUAAGGUCUAAAAAAAUGUUUUACAAAAGUGUCAUUGUAAUUAUUAUACCAAAUAAUAAAUUGCAAGAAUUGGUUUGAAUCGAGAAUUGUGUUGAAUCGAGAAUCAAUUCUGAAUCGAAUAGUCACCCCAGGAACCGGAAUCGGAUCAAAUCGUUAGGUGGCCAAAGAGUCACACCCCAUUGUGGAUUAAGAACUGCAAAAUUUGGCGCAUUAACCAUAUGAUUUAGGGAUGCACAAAAAAAUCGAUUCACAUCCAAAUCGUGAUUCUUACUCAUCCCGAUUCUAAACCGAUUCAUACUUUUCAAAGAUCGGUACAAAUAAUAAAAAAUAUUCAAACGUUUUUGAAAUCCAUUUUUAUAAAUACCUUUUUAGGCCAUCUCCAUGCAACCAGAGGGAACUUUUCUAACCUGUAACCUGUUUUGAAAAAGUUUCAUCAUUGCAAAAAUUGGUUCGAAUUGAGAAUCAUGGUAAAUCAGGAAUCGAUUCUGAAUCAAAUUGUCACCCCAAGAAUCAAAAUCUGAUCGAAUCGUCAGGUGGCCAAAGAAUCAAACCGCUUUGUGGCUGAAAAAUUGCAAAUUUUGGUGCAUUAACCAUAUAAUUUAAAAAUGCACACCAAAAAUGUAUUCACAUCUAAAUCGUGAUUCUAAAUCAAUUAAAUUAAUGUUAAUGAGUGGGGGAGGGAGGUUUUUUGGGUUGGUGCAGUAAUUGUAAGUGUAUCUUGUGUUUUUUUAUUUUGCUUUAAUAAAAAAAACCCAAAAAAACAAAAAAACAACAACGAUACCGAUAAUAAAAAACCUGAUACCGAUAAUUUCCGAUGUUACAUUUUAAAGCAAUUAUCGGCCGAUAAUAUUAUCGGACAUCUCUACAAAUAAUACAUCACGAGAAUCGGUUUGAAUAGAGAAUAGAGAAUCGUGAAUCGAGAAUCCCUUCUGAAUUGAAUCGUCACCCCCAGGAAUCAGAAUCAAAUCCAUAUAUGUGGCGCAAGACUCACACCCCAACAAAAUUACUGUAAAUGUACCUUUUUGUGUGAUUCAAUGCUAUUAAGCCACUACUUAGAUUUACUGUAUUACAAAUAAUUUCCUUUGAAAUGAUUAUUAUUGCUAAUUCUAAUCUUGCCUUGGUUAGAAUACAUAUUUACUGUACUUGUGUUGUGAGGGACUACCUAUUGUCCACCUGCCAUGUGUCAAUCAACCAUGACGAUUUUAAACCAACUGCAUUGAUGACGCGCUCCCAUUGGUCAAAGUGAAGACCGAGGGGCGGGACAGAAGCAAAGCUCCCCUCUGAUUGGACGAGGGGCGUGCGGCUGGUGGCACUUUGCAGGCAGGUUCUGAAAUGAAACAGUUUGCAAGUUGGAUGGGAAGCAGGAAGGAGGAUUAAAGAAGACUCUCUCGGAGCUCGGACUGCCUGACUUGGAUAAAGUAACCGAUAAAAGGGUUCCUGCCACCUUCCUUAAAGUUGCUUAGUGCCAGUGAAAGCAAUACAGACCUCCUCAAGCCAUGACAGAGGUGUCAUACAACUAAUUGCGUGUUCCUGAGAAGAUAUCCAACUACAGAACAUCAUCAUCAAGAGACACGCACAGCCUCAAAGGGGCAGGGCCAUGUCUGGUGGCAACAGUGCUAACAACAGCUGGACCAUCGUCAGUCCUGAGGAGCCUAUUGCUGGAACCGUGAGGCCUCAGGAGGAUGUGACAAAGCAUCAUGAGCAAGGCGGUAGUCCAAGCAACCAGCCUGCAGAGGAUGCCGCAUCUUCAGGGGGUCUUACUGUGGUUGACCGCAAGGCAGCUGAUGAGAGAAAGGAAGACCUGAGUGGAGACUCUGAUCGUCCCUCCUCCAUGCCCUCAUCUGUCACUGAUGACCCCGUUCUCUCCCACCAUGCACUCGCUGACUCCACAAGUCACAUGACACCCUCCUCUGAAGAGUCCCCGGGCUCUGCGCUUAGCACUGAGACUCUGGGAGGGGCUGAACUCACAUCGGAAGGGAGGUUGACACAAGAGGGAGCAGAGUGUCUUCUACAGAAGGUGGAGGACCAACAGCAGGAAGGGGAGGACUCGCACCUGGCUCCAACGUGUGCUGAAAAACACACAGACUCCCAGUGUUUGGAUGAAGAAAAAGCCGAAGAGUCCAAGGAGCAAGCAGACACCGAGGAGAAGAGGAGGACUCUCCUGGCAUCUCUGGAGCGCAUCGGGAGGAUAGAUGAGGAAGAGGAGGAAGGAGAGGAAGAAUUCCAUCUGCCACAACGGCAGGACGACAGUAUGUUCUCCCUGAACAGGUGCAUCCUGGGUGCGGUCAUCCUGGUCAGCCUGGGAACCAUUCUGUUCUCAGGUGUCUUCAUGGACCUGGAUGACGACAGUGACUCCAUUACCAGGGAUUUUAGAGAUUCAGAGGAACCAGGAAAACAGGAGUGGCUUCAUCCAGAAGUUCCCUCAUCCCCAGUAGAUGCCGACAGCUCUGAGCUUCUGAGCAAAAUCGCCAAAGGAAACCAGCAGAUUUCUGUUCUGCAAGCCCAACUACAGGUGCAGAAAGAAGAGCUGAAAGCGGCGAAGGGUCAAGCGGCGAAGGGAGAAUCGCAGCGUCUGCGCUGGGAGGAGGAAAACAGCAGGUUGAAGUCAGAGAUGGCGUCUCUCCCUCUCCUUCAGAAGGAAAACGAGAGGAUGAAGCGAGAGCUGGAGACGCUGCCGACCCUUCAGAAAGAACUUGAGACCCUCAGGACCACUGUCACCGAGUGGAAACGCACAGUGCCCCCAAGUGGUCAGCUAGCAGACGCACAACAGGUGGCAUCUCCCAAACACGGGAAAGAACAGAGAGAGACGUUUCAGAAGAAGGAUAAACACGACCGGGGCGAGAAAAAAGAGUGGAAGGAGAGCAAAAAGUCAGAAUGGAAAGAAGGUGACAGACAUGAGCGCAAGGAGGCCAAAAGUGUGAAACGUGAGCAAGACAAGGUGAAGAAAGGGGAAGGACGGCCUGAGAGAAAGAAUGAGGAGAAAGAGCGGAAGAAGGAGAAAGUGAGCCGAGGAGACGAGGGCAAGAAGGAGAAAGGUGAGAAGACGGAGAGGAAGGAAUGGAAGGAGGACAAAGAGUGGAAGAAGGACAAGCAUGAGAAGAAGACGAAGGAGUGGAGAGGAGGAAAGGAUGAAGGAGAGACUCACAAGAUGAAGGACAAGUGGAACGGGGGAAAGAAAGUGAAGGAUGCCUCUGGGGAACAUGGCAAGGAAAAAUGGGAGAGAAGCGAGAAGAAGAAGAAGAAGGAUGGGAACUGGAUGAAUAAAGACCCAAAAGAGGAGAGGAAACAUUGUGAGGAUUCCAAAAAACAAGAAAGAGAGAAGGAUGAGUGGAAGAAUCAGAACAGGAAAGGUGAUCCGCAUUCCCUGAAGGCAAUGAAAAAAGGGAGGAGGAAAGAGGACAGCGGAGAGUGGAGAGAAGAUGCCACACAUGUGCACACAGUCACUGGUUACCACCAUCAGCACCAGGAGGAGCACCUGUGGACAUCACCCCCCCUCCAUCAGGACCAAGCAGACUACUGGACCCAGCAGAGGAACCGCCUCCACAGGAAGCCCAAAGCCCCCGAGCACUGCCCCUCCCCGGAGGCCUGCGCCCAGGCGGAGGGCCUGCGCCCCGUCCCCUUCGCCCAGUUCCAGACCCUCCUCCAGGCCUACCUGGCCAAGGCGGAGCAGGCCGGCGUGGACUCCUCCCAGAGAGAGGCCCUCCAGAAGCUCGCCGCCGAGUUCUUCCAGGACGGCGUGUUCGUGCACGAGCGGGCCCACUUCCGCCGCUUCGUCAAGGACGUGGCCAACAUUCUGGAAGACAUGGUGGAAGGGGACGACGAGGACGACGAGGACAGCGCGCUGGAGGACGAAAUGGAGGCGUUCGGAAGGGAAGCGGUGGAGAGGUUCCUAGCGGCGGGGGGGGAGACACAUAAAGGCGAGGGGAAGAAGGAGAGUGGGCGAGCGACCGGCUGAUAGAGAAAGUUCUAAGACGGAACAUUGGAACAUUUCAUUUCAUUUAGUGCCCAUGUUUUGAUUGCAUAACCAGGCAAAUGUUCCGCAUAUCAAGAAGGAACGUACUGUACUGUACUGUGCAGCCACCUUACUAUUGACAUCAUUCUAUUGGUUUCCAUGGUGAUGUUUCAGUGGCGGGAAAUAGUGCUUUUUUCUUUUUUAAGUAAGAAGUCUGUUGGAUUCCUUUUGGAAUAUUUGUACAUACUUGCAUUCAAUACUUAAGUUAAACACAAAAAGUAACAUUUUUUUUUGCUCAUUUUGGCAUUUUAUAGGAAGGCACAUAAAAUACUUUUAUAAGCUUGUUUGUAGCGUUUCAGUUACAUAACCCUGCACUAAAGUGUUCUCAAGUUUGUGUGUUAUUAUUGAACAUAUUGACAAAUGCACUUGUUUAUUGUUUACUUUUGCUUAUUUUCAGCAUAGAAACUUUCGUUCUCUUAGAAUGUUGAUAAUGUCACUUGUGUUGUUGCCAUGGCAGCGGUUUAAUAAAGUUGGGCACCCUACACUCACAA